AUGCAAAGGGCCGCUGUCGCUUCCGCGGUUGGGGCGCGGUUGUUGAGCGAGAUUGAGGAGGGGAGUCUUGAAGAGCUUCUAGCAACGCUUCGCACAAACUUUACCACUCUCGCCAACGCCGACUUCAACGAUGCCACCAUCCACAAUUAUGACACGACCGACCACGACCACGACCACGACGUCACCACCACCACAUCCUCCCAAACCCAAAAGCCGGUGAUCGCGCCCAUGAAGACAACCACAACUACCAAAACCUCUAUAAAACCAGAACCCCGACACUUCCCAAUACCUUUCCUCAACGAGCUAGUACAGCGCCAUUUCCGCGCCACCGGAUCCGCCACCCUCUCCAUCACCGGCCGUUAUCAUGAACUAGUCUACCUGCUAGUCGCGACAUUGAUUGCGCCUCCAAACUACAAGACGGUUGCUAUUAUGGAUUUUGAGGGGAGGUUUGAUGUGUUGAGGUUGCUUGUGACGCGGCUGUUCUGCUCCUCUACUAGCGAAAGCACCGAUGUCCGUCCCCUCGAACCGUCCGACCUCGACCACGUGCACAUCCUCCGCCCGCCUCGCCGCUCUAAUACCCCUGGGGCUCUAAAUACCUACCUAUCGGUACUAGAGGAGUAUAUGCUCUAUGCACCGCAUAAAAGUCGGAAACGAGAGUGGUGGGGGACUAUUGUUAUCGGAAGCAACACCACCACCUCUUCCUCCUCCACCAGCACCACCGCUGGCAACAACCCUGCGGGUCCGACACAUGCUCAGGCCCAGGUAGCGGUAAUGGCUGGCUGGCAAGGCUGGUUGCGCGUGGAUAGGGCUGAGGUGUCGACAGUAACAGGGGCUGGUGCUUGGACUUUCUGGAAUAAGAGUGCGGAAGAGGCGAGGAGCGAGAGACACGAGAGGCAGGUAGCGGUGGAAGAAGGUGGGUGGGUUGCUAGUUCUGCUUGGGGGACUUUUGUUUUUGGUUCGGGGGCUGGGAGUGGGCGGGCUUGA